AUGGGUUUGUCGUCUGCUAGUACCACGGUCAGUACAACCCCAGAAGGACUGCAAUUGUGCAUAUUUGAUUUGAGGAGGGGUCAAAAUGAAGGGCAAGAAUUGGACAAGAUAUUGUUUUUCUUCCCUGCCGAUUUGCCCUUCUCAGCACAAUUCUCUGUGAUUGGGCUCAGUGAAGGACUUAUCACAUUUACCAGAAUCUUCUCUCCAGAGGCUGCUUGUGAAGCCAUUGAAGCAGAGAGGCAUUCGCAUGUUUUUUAUGAGGCGGAACCAGAUAUCUGGAUGGUGAUGGUAGUGGAGAAAAGCAAGGAGUUUGAAGCUAUUUGGAGAAGUGAUGCAUUGAGAAAAGUUCUUAAGGAAGUCCAUUAUCUUUUUGUGAUGUUUCAUGGAUCUAUAAGAGCGUUGCUUGACAAAGACCCUGGUGGAGGACUAACUCGAUCUCAUUUGUACUAUUUCAUCAUGGACUAUCUUGGUGAUUUUCUGGUCGGGAAGAAACUACUGUUACCAUCAUUCCGUGACUGUUUAAAGGAGCGUGGAACCGUACAGAUGCUUACUGUAGGGCGGGAAGCAGCAAUUGAAGUACAGUCGCUUGUAAGGGUGCUCGAAUCUUGUGCUGGGAACAUACCCUGUCACUCACUGAUCUUGUUUCAGGACCUGUUGGUGUCCACAACACUUUCUCCUGAUGACACCGUAAACCUAUUUGCAUAUGCUGUUUUAAGGCUGACUCCCCGUGCUUUAUCCUCUGGAGUAAGUUCCUGGUCCUAUUUACGCAAAGGAGCUACAUCCCAUGUGUCCUCAAGUUCUAUCUUGGCCCGUCCUGGUGGUGUUCCAGAACAAUUUCAAGGCUCAGAUGUCAACUCUCCUGCUGGAGAUAACAAUUAUCGUGUCAUACGGCCCCUGCAGCAGGAUAAGUGGUCCAAAGGGAAGGAUGGUUUUCUUGUCACUGAUAUUUGGGGUGCAGAGGCUAGUAACUUGAUUUCUGCCACUCCAACAGUUUUGCUCCAUCAGACAGAGGAGAGAAUGUAUCUGUGUGUCCAUCAGCAUAAGAGCCUUACCUUAAUUUUUCUCAUUCCUGUUUCUUCAGUACUAAUUGGGGAUCAAGGUGUUUCUGUUGUGAAGCAGCAAGUUCUUGAAAAUGUAUCCCUAAAGCUGUUGAAAGUUGAAGAGAAACUAUCAAAAGGAUGGGUUGGUGAGAAUGCAUAUCAUGUUAGUGGAUAUAGAUAUUUACUAGUGGACGGAGACAGAAAUGUAUCCAGGGCUUCUCCAGCAGGAAAGGUCACAACCCUUACCAAGGAUUCCUUACUUGCCUUAAGUAAGCUUAGAGAAGAAGUUGAUUUGGAAAAGAGUAGAGCACAAUCAGAUAAUGCUGGUCAUGAGAAAGAAUUGGAAGUUAGCAUCCGGGCGAAAAACAAUGCUUGGGUUAUUGCUCGGGUUACAAGAGGGAAGGAACUUUAUAUGGUUCUGGAGAAAGCCAAUGAAACCCUUCUUUAUGCCUCUGAUGCUGUUGAAAAGUUCAGCAACAGGUACUGCAAUGGAGCUUUCUCGUUGAAUUAG